AUGGAGUCUGACCCAGCAGUGACGAGUACUGUUUGCGAAGGUGUGUUAUACCCAGAGAACAAACGGAACGUUCCUACUGAUAGUCAUAAUACAGUUAGAAAGUCUAAUAUCUUUUCAGACGACGGCCUUACCACCCAAAAGGCACCGUGGAGUGCUUUAAAUGAUGCAGAGACGGCGUCUAGUGUAGGCGAGUCGUCAAGGCGGAACAGCAAAUACGAUGAUAAUAUGCCUGUUCAUUCCGCCUGUUCCGAGUUCGAAAUCCCGGAGAUGGAGUUUGAUGAGUUUGAGUUGGAACUAGCUGCUGAAAGAGAGUUUUCAUCCGAUGAACAGUUGUUUGAAUCUGGUCGUAUGACACCAGAUGGGUUAAUCGACGAAGACUUUGAACGUGAACUUGGAUGCGCAGCUAAGGAGCUCAGUGUUCAAGAUGUAAUUGAUUCUGAUUAUCCAGAUAUUUCUCGGCUGGGUGUGUUACAAGGUGCAGGAGAUGAUAAACUCGGUCGUAAAAUAAUUGUUUUCUCAGCUUGUCGUCUACCAGCAGCUGAUUUAAUUGAUCAUCAACAUCUUCUAAUGUAUAUUACUAAAACAUUGGAACAAUAUGUCACUUAUAGAACAUUUGGGCGCAAUUUUCGUAAAAAUUUGAAAACACUUUACAUUGUACAUCCUACUACUGGUAUAAAAAUUUUAUGGACUCUCUUCAGACCAUUUAUCAGUUCUAAAAUGUCAAAUAAAGUGGUUUAUGCUGAAGCAUUAUCCGAAUUAGAAGAGACCUUAUUCGUUGAUCAAUUGCCAAUACCACAACGUGUUUUAAACUAUGAUAAAUCUAUUAUAAAAAAUCUACCACCAAGAUCUAUUCCAAAAAUUCAAAAAGAUUCUACUGCUCGAGUAUCUACACCUUAUAUACCAUCGCUGCCGGAUGCUGCUUCAGUGUUCUCUGGUGUAUAUGAAGAACAGUGCAAAGAUGUUACUCCAGAUCCUCAACAACAAUUUAAUGUUAGUUUACAAUUCAUCAAAAUGAAUAACGGCGGUCGACCUAUUCCUAUUGUCUUUGAAGAUACCAUCGAUUAUCUACGCGAUCGUGGUUUAACAACUGAAGGAAUCUUCCGUCGAUCUGUCAGUCUGAAACAAUUACGAGAUGUACAGAAUUUAUAUAAUAAUGUUAUAAGUGAUAUUCGUUGACUAAUCGUCAAAUGUCAGUAAAAUCAAUAAAUAAAUGGAUUUAGUUUGAUAGAGGAAUUGUCGUGUUUUUCGGGGGAUGAAUAAUUCUUACUUCGGUUGUUAAAUUUGUGUUCUUAAUUGAGUUGUGCGAAUCUCAGUGUUUCCUGUGGGAAGUAUCAUUUUUUCACAGAUUAUAACAAAUAUUAUUUGGAAUAAUACAACUAUGUGUCUAUGUACAGAUUUGUUUACUCAACUUUGUUCCUAUAAAAGUUGGUGAUACUAGCCCAUUUUGUCCAAACUGCACCAGCUCUAAUUGGUUUCUAACUUUAGAUAUUCAACGGUUGUUAACCAACCAGCCUGACGUCUAUUCUAAAGUACUCUAUUUAGAUCAUAAUAAUUGAUAUUGUCAUUUAAUUCUUUUUUUUGAUUAGCUAUAAUCUGGGAAAUUCGCUAAAUACAGAUUUGCAUGCACUUGAACUCGAGGUACAGUACUUGUAUGAAGCCUACUGGCAUCGCUACUCUUUAAAAACAAACCGAAGUUAAUGGAGCGUAGUGAUUAAAAGUCGAUUACUCUGGUCUUCAUUGUUAGAAAUAUAUGGGUGGUAAUCACUUCCCAGUUACCUACACUGUGGAAGGAUAUUUCUUAAGGCACCUUUAAAGGAAAUUGGUUUGGUAGUGAUUUUGACUACCUAGAUGUGUGAUGGUAGAACCUAAAGGACAGUUAUUUGAGUCUGGUCACACACCCUUUUUUAUACAUUGAAGCCCUUACUGCCAGCAACGGUAAUCUGUGUGGUAAGGUCAGGUGUUCUGUUUUUACGACCAUCAUACUGUAACCCCAUCCUUCUUCAUGGGAAGGCAAUAUCUCUGAGGAUGCUAGUGGUUUGUUGGAAAUACCAACUGCUGUUACACUCCUAUGGAGUUGGUAGUACAACGUUGCUACCAGGCCUUAAGUUCCUGAUUUUAGCCUGAUCAUUUUCUAACUAGCCUGCUUGUAUAUUAGGUCCUAAAGAGUUAGGGUUUUUCAACUAAUAUACGAGGGGUUUCAGUCUGUCAUAAAUAACAUGGAACUUUCCACAAAUAGGCAUCAGUCCAAUUCGCCACACAAAAUCAACAUAUCAAGAUGAAACUAUCAGGGGCAAAUAUCAGAGUAGUGGGAGUAGUAACAGUAUCAGUGGUAAUAGAACAUUAAGCGUAAAUAGUGUGAUUUCAGAGGAAAAAAUAAAUUAGCAGAACUAACAAAAGUAUAAGUUAAUUUCAAAGGUCAAGACCAAAGUGAAGACAUAUUAUAUCGUAGUUGUUAAACUUUUAAGUUGGUUGUUGAAGCAACUAUCAAAUAUAUAUAUGGUAGGGAAAAAGGAUGAGAUUCAAUAUAAUAAUGGCCCGACCGUUGUUGCUACCUUGACGUGGUGGUCGGGCUUGC